GCCCUCCCUGCCGCCAUCUUGGUUUCCCGGGUGACUGGAGGAGCUGGCCGGCAGCGCUCGGCCGGGAAAGGAGCGCGAUGCUGGCCUGCCUGAUGACCAGGCCCGUCCCGCCCGCUCUCACCAGGCUCCUGCGGGCCGCGGCCGCCCGCCCGCCCGCCAAACGCGGCACGUCGGCGCAAGGGUCGGCCGGCCGAGAAGACGCGGGCCGCUGGGCCGAGCGCGAGGAGCUGCGCUUCCCCGCGGCCGCCGCUAGAGGUCGCCACGGGCCCGUUCGGACUGCGGAGGAGAGCGGCGCGGAGCUGCGGAGGCGGCCGGCGGCCUCCAGGGGGCGCCCUCUGGCCGGCGGAGAGCCCUGGGGGGCCUCGUGGGGGCCCGGCGUGGCCCCCGGAGGCGUCUGGCUGCCCCGCCUGCCCCGCCCGGAGGAGGAAGAGGAGGCCGAGCGCCCCCCGCUGGAGGAAGCCCCCGGCCGGCCUCGCUUGUGGCCCAACCCGGCGCCCGCGGGCCGCCAGCGGCGGAAGGAGAGCCGGGGUCGCCGGGCCAGGACGCCCGACCUCUCCGCCUCGGCCCUCGCGGCCGCCGGGCUCGCCCUGUGCUACAGCCGGGGACACCUGGGCGAAGAAGAGUCCCUCCUGGAAGCAGUGCGGCUCAACAGUGUCCCUGAAGUGGAAAGGUUGUUGCAAGAAGGAGUUAGUGUGAAUACCCGACAUAAGCUUGGCUGGACAGCUCUGAUGGUAGCAGCAAUAAACAGAAAUUCAAGUGUGGUGAAGGUGCUACUGGCGGGAGGAGCCGACCCCAACCUGGGAGAUGAGUUCAGCAGCGUCUAUCAAACUGCCAAAGAGAAGGGCAUCCAUUCGUUGGAAGUGCUGGUCACCCGGGAAGACGACUUCAACAACCGCUUGAACAACCGGGCCAGUUUCAAGGGCUGCACAGCGUUGCAUUACGGGGUGCUGGCAGACGAUUACACCACCGUCAAGCUGCUCCUGGAAGGAGGUGCCAACCCCCUGCAGAGAAAUGAAAUGGGGCACACACCCUUGGAUUACGCCCGCGAGGGAGAAGUCAUGAAACUCUUGAAAAGUUCAGCUACAAAGUUCCAGGAAGAGAAGCGCCGGAGAGAAAUUGAGGAACGCCGGCGGUUUCCCCUCGAGCAGCGACUCCGAGAACACAUCAUUGGCCAGGAGAGUGCCAUCGCCACUGUCGGAGCCGCCAUCCGGAGAAAGGAAAAUGGAUGGUACGAUGAAGAACACCCGCUCGUCUUCCUCUUCCUGGGAUCUUCGGGAAUAGGUAAAACUGAGUUGGCCAAGCAGACUGCCAAGUACCUGCACAAAGACGUCAAAAAGGGCUUCAUCCGCUUGGACAUGUCGGAGUUUCAGGAGAGACAUGAGGUGGCCAAGUUCAUCGGCUCUCCCCCAGGCUACAUCGGUCAUGACGAAGGGGGGCAGCUCACAAAGAAGCUGAAGCAGUGCCCCAACGCCGUGGUCCUCUUUGAUGAGGUGGACAAAGCCCACCCAGAUGUCCUGACCAUCAUGCUGCAGCUCUUCGAUGAAGGCCGGCUGACCGACGGGAAGGGGAAGACCAUUGACUGCAAAGACGCCAUCUUCAUCAUGACCUCCAACGUGGCCAGUGAUGAGAUCGCCCAGCAUGCAUUGGAGCUGAGGGAGGACGCCAUGGAGCUGAGCCGGAAGAGGAUCGCCGAAAAGCUGGACGAUGUCCAGGUGACGGACAAGAUAACCAUCUCCAAGCAGUUCAAGGAGAAUGUGAUCCGGCCCAUCCUGAAGGCUCACUUCCGACGGGACGAGUUCCUGGGCAGGAUCAACGAGAUCGUCUACUUCCUCCCCUUUUGCCAGUCGGAGCUGAUCCAGCUGGUCAACAAGGAGCUGAGUUUCUGGGCCAAACGGGCCAAAGCGAGGCAUAACAUCACCCUGGUCUGGGACAGGGAAGUGAUGGACGUGCUGGCCGACGGCUACAACCUGCAUUAUGGAGCCCGGUCCAUCAAGCACGAGGUGGAGCGCCGGGUGGUGAACCAGCUUGCCGCGGCCUACGAGCAGGACCUUCUGCCCCACGGCUGCACUUUAAGGAUCACGGUGGACGACUCCGACAAGCAGCUGCUGAAGGCCAGAGGCCAGGACGGCUCCCUGCCCACCGAAGGCCAGCGGAAAGGGCCCACGCUGCGGCUGGAGAUCCUGGAGGACAGCAAAAGCCGGAAACUGGACAUCCAGGCCCCGCUGAUACCUGACGAAGUCUCCUACCCUUCCUAGGCGCCAGCCCUCGGUGCCCCUGGGCAGCGCCUGGCAGAACAAGAGUUGGUAAUAAAGCAGUCAUAAGACAUGGAUAUGUCUGUGGGGAGGCGGCUUUCUCUGGAGGGCAGCAGCAAGGGCAGCUCUCCACCCUCCAGAUACUGGCUGGGUGCGUGGGAGUUGUAGUCCAGGUCAACCGAAGGGGGUCAGAGGAGGAGGGUCCCAGGAAGAGGGGCGUCAAUCCAGGAUGAUCGCUUAGAACCCGGUGUCCUUAUCAUGUCUCAGGUAGUGGGGUGGUUCCUUGUCCCAUCAUCCAGCAACCCGCCCAGGUUGAGUGCCUCAUCUCUGCCCCAGAGGCUCUUCUCCCUCGUGAACAGGGUGUGGGGGGCGGGGGGGGGGCGGAGUGGAGGUGGUUUCCAGCCCCCGGGACAAUAGAGGGAGGUUUAAGUUAUUGCAAUU